CAGCGCUCUCAGCCCCACAGUGUCCGCAGCAGCGCUCUCAGCCCCACAGUGUCCCAGCAGUGCUCUCAGCCCCACAGUGUCCCAGCAGUGCUCUCAGCCCCACAGUGUCCGCAGCAGCGCUCUCAGCCCCACAGUGUCCCAGCAGUGCUCUCAGCCCCACAGUGUCCCAGCAGUGCUCUCAGCCCCACAGUGUCCGCAGCAGUGCUCUCAGCCCCACAGUGUCCGCAGCAGCGCUCUCAGCCCCACAGUGUCCGCAGCAGCGCUCUCAGCCCCACAGUGUCCGCAGCAGCGCUCUCAGCCCCAAAGUGUCCGCAGCAGCGCUCUCAGCCCCACAGUGUCCGCAGCAGCGCUCUCAGCCCCACAGUGUCCGCAGCAGCGCUCUCAGCCCCACAGUAUCCCUUCAGUGCUCUCAGCUCACAGUGUCCCAGCAGUGCUCUCAGCCCACAGUGUCCCAGCAGUGCUCUCAGCUCACAGUGUCCCAGCAGUGCUCUCAGCCCAGUGUCCCAGCAGUGCUCUCAGCCCACAGUGUCCCAGCAGUGCUCUCAGCCCACAGUGUCCCAGCAGUGCUCUCAGCCCACAGUGUCCCAGCAGUGCUCUCAGCCCACAGUGUCCCAGCAGUGCUCUCAGCCCACAGUGUCCCAGCAGUGCUCUCAGCCCACAGUGUCCCAGCAGUGCUCUCAGCCCACAGUGUCCCAGCAGUGCUCUCAGCCCCACAGUGUCCCAGCAGUGCUCUCAGCCCACAGUGUCCCAGCAGUGCUCUCAGCCCACAGUGUCCCAGCAGUGCUCUCAGCCCCACAGUGUCCCAGCAGUGCUCUCAGCCCACAGUGUCCCUUCAGUGCUCUCAGCCCACAGUGUCCCAGCAGUGCUCUCAGCCCCACAGUGUCUCAGCAGUGCUCUCAGCCCCACAGUGUCUCAGCAGUGCUCUCAGCCCCACAGUGUCCCAGCAGUGCUCUCAGCCCCACAGUGUCCCAGCAGUGCUCUCAGCCCCACAGUGUCCCAGCAGUGCUCUCAGCCCCACAGUGUCUCAGCAGUGCUCUCAGCCCCACAGUGUCUCAGCAGUGCUCUCAGCCCCACAGUGUCUCAGCAGUGCUCUCAGCCCCACAGUGUCCCAGCAGUGCUCUCAGCCCCACAGUGUCCCAGCAGUGCUCUCAGCCCCACAGUGUCCCAGCAGUGCUCUCAGACCCACAGUGUCCCAGCAGUGCUCUCAGCCCCACAGUGUCCCAGCAGUGCUCUCAGCCCCACAGUGUCCCAGCAGUGCUCUCAGCCCACAGUGUCCCAGCAGUGCUCUCGGCCCACAGUGUCCCAGCAGUGCUCUCAGCCCACAGUGUCCCUUCAGUGCUCUCAGCCCACAGUGUCUCAGCAGUGCUCUCAGCCCACAGUGUCUCAGCAGUGCUCUCAGCCCCACAGUGUCUCAGCAGUGCUCUCAGCCCCACAGUGUCCCAGCAGUGCUCUCAGCCCCACAGUGUCCCAGCAGUGCUCUCAGCCCCACAGUGUCUCAGCAGUGCUCUCAGCCCCACAGUGUCUCAGCAGUGCUCUCAGCCCCACAGUGUCUCAGCAGUGCUCUAAACCAAUAUUCCCGUCAUCGGGGACAGGAUGCCUGCACCUAGUCUCAUCGACAUCACCCGCCGCCCCCCUCCCCACCCACCCAUUCUCCCCAGCACGACUAACCAGAAUGCGUCCCACAACAGUUUACUAG